AUGGAGUUCUGUUCAUUGAAGGAGUUUAAAAAUGCACUAAUGGAGCAUAGUGUAUUAAAUGGAAAAAAGAUUAAGUUUGUGAAGAAUGAUCUGACCAGAGUAAGGGCAGUUUGUAAAAACAAACGUGGCUUUGUUAUUAUGGCUAGCAAGGUAGGAGGUAAGCAAACAUUUAGGGUGAAAACCUUGGUUAGAAGACACAAAUGUGGAAGAGUUUUUGGAAACAAAAGUGCAAGUGUAAAUUGGAUUGCACAAGUAUUAGUUGACAGGUUUGUAAAUGUGGCUAACAUGAUUGUCGACCAAAUCAUUGAUGACAUUAAUAAGUCAUUCAGUGUUGGUAUCACUGCUUGGAAAACUGGAAAGGCCAAACAAAUUGCUUUGGAUUCUUUGGUUGUUGAUGGAGAAAGAAAAUAUGCUCGUCUAUAUGAUUAUGUGGGGGAAUUGCCAAGAGUGAAGUGUGGUACUUUUAAAAUUAAAGUGAAUCAACCCCAACCAAGUUUGCCACCAAGAUUUGGCUCUUUUUAUAUGUGUUUAGAGGGGUGUAAGCAAGGUUUUUCAGGAAGUUGCAAGUCCUUCAUAGGGGUGGAUGAUUGUCAUCUGAAGACAACAUAUGGUGGUCAAUUGUUGGUGGCAGUUGGCCGAGACCCCAAUGAUCAAUAUAUCCUACUAGCUUUUGCAGUGGUAAAAAAUGAAUGCAAAGAAAGUUGGAGAUGGUUUUUGACACUGCUUUUGGAUGAUACUGGUGGCACUGAUUGUCAAUGUUGGGUGUUCAUUUCUGAUCAACAAAAGGGACUAAUGACAGUUUAUGAUAACAUUUUGGAUGUAAUGGAACAUAGAUUGUGCUUAAGGCACUUGUAUAACAAUUACAAGAAGAGAUUUGGUGGAGGAAUGUAUAUUAGAGAUCUCAUGAUGGGGGCUGCCAAGACUACAUUUCAAAAGGACUAG